AGAUGGCGGAAUCCAACUCUUUGUUCAGUUUCUCAACGAUUUGUUGGAAAUACUGUCUUUAAUAGAUUAAUUUGGUAGUAUAAACUGUUUACAAUAUGAUCUCUUUAUGCUUAUACAAUAUUAAUUGAACAUCUAAUCAUCACUACGAAUUGGAACACUGCUUUGAUGCGAUGUCAAGCACAUUUGUUGCUGACAGUACCGUUGACGGCCAAUCUGAUGAAACACUCAUCAUUUUUGUCAAUGCUGAUGGAACGAUAUCAGUUGAUCCUGAAACACUCAACAGGUUACUAGCGAACCAACACCAUACGUCUGGUGUGAGUGUAGUUCGGCUGGGCCAAUCCGAUGAUCAGAAUGAGGACGCGUCCGAGUCGUCCGACUGUUCGGAUGUCAACCUCACCGUCGAGGGCUUCUACCCGCCCGGGUCGGCUGCUCACAGCUCAGUCAGCUCCACUUCGGCCGACUCAACCGUUCUACAAUCCACCGAUAAUGCGCCUCUCACUACUAUUGAAGGUCCGUUAUCAGGUGGAGAUGUCUUGGUCGAUCCAUUCUCAGAAAUGGAUCCUGACCAACUCAAGAGUCUUGAAAACGCACUUCAAUCAGAACAUGCUAAGCAGAUUUUAGGUGAAAAUGUUACUGCUAUGUUUGGUACGCUUAAAGUUGAAGGAGAGAGUCACUUCAAUUAUUCGAUACGGAAUGACCACUGCUACACGAAGGGAUCAGCUCCAACUGGCACUCCAUCGCCUGCACCAGCCCCAGCCCCAGCACCAGCCCCGCCCGACAUGGUGGUGGCCGCUGCUCCACUUCAGGCGCUCCAAGUCACUUCAGUUCGCGGCAAGGGAAAAUUAAAAGUCGGUGCGACUUCAUCCUCUUCUCCAGGUGUUUCAAAGACUGCAUUGGAGGUUUUGGGUGGUACUCUUGUGCCACUCGUUCGUCCUCUUACUUUACCAGCUGGGACCACUCACGUGGGAGCCACUCAAACGAUUACCAACCUUCCUAAAGGUCAACGUCUCAUUCUCCCCCAAAAUCAGUUUAUUAUAGCCCAGGAUCUAGGCACGAAAGCACAAGUUCAGUCACCUGAGGCAGUUCCUCAACUGCAAACAAUAACUCUACCAAACACUAAUAUUGCUUCCACGACUAUUGCAACAACAUUGGAAACACCUAAGAAAAAGACAACGUCGGUUGGAGGAAGAACGAUAAGAGGAGGGAAAGUUGGGCCUGAGGGGAGAAAGGCAACCGCUGGCCGUGGCAAAGGCGGCGCCCCUCUUAGACGCCAAAAUAGUCAGAAAAUCAGUGAUGAUUUACUAGCAGCCACUCUUGAAGCUUUACAAACAUCACCUCCAGUAGAAAGCACUACCAUCGCUGCAGCUGUUCACAAACCUACUGAUACACCAGUUGCUCCGAAAAAAAUGACUGUAAAAAUGAUAAAGAAGUCACCUGCGGAGGAUUCGAAGAAAGCCAGUGGUGAAGCAAAGAAGGGCCCGCGGCAGACGAAGCUGCUAGAACACCUGAAGAAGAUUCAACCGAAGCCGAAAGCAAAGCCAACCGCAGAGGUGGCGGCUGACUCGACGACGCCGGUGCCGGUGCCGGUGCCGGUCACCCCUGACCAAGUCAGCCCCUCAACCCCCACCACCACCACCCAACAGCCGACCAUCUCCUCUUCCGCCACCUCCACUCCAGAACGAGUGGAUGGAGUGGAUCUGUCGUCGCAGCAGCUGAAGAAGUACCCGAAGCGAGAGCACCGCAAGCCACCGGCUCACCUGGCCGAGGCGCUGGGCCCUGCACUCUUCUCCACACCCGACAUCAUCCGCCGCGUCAGCACCGACAAGCCAUCCCCCACCACUCCACAACCUGGAAGUGGAGAUGCAGCAGCACCAGAAAGCCUCCUGCACAGCAACCAUGCUGAGCAUUCAGCACAGGAAGAUCUCUCACUUGAAGAUGAAAAUCUCAUUUUGGAAGAUUUGUCCGAAUUGCAGGAAGCCACGCAGGUGUUGGCAGAUGAGGAUGUGAGUGGACUAGUUAAUAUAGUGACUUCCAGUGAAACAUUAUCUUCAGAAAUGGUCAGAUCCGAUCUAGCACAUUCUUCAGAUGACUUGGUGAAUGUAAGCGCUGAGCAAUUGGAUGUCUCCCACUUACCAAAAACUGUUUUCUCAGUUCCCAUUCCAAUGGAAGUUGAUUCAAGUAAAGUUACAGAUGCUACCGAUCUGAAUGUUGCAAUUUGCUCAAAAAAGAAUAAACAGCCGAGUGACGGUAUUGUUGUGACACCGACUCUCCAUUCACGUAAAUUGCCAGUCAUAGAAUUGCCCGCCACAAGAUCAGCUUCGAAACGUGGCUCACACCACAAGGAAGAGCCUGUCACUCCACAACUUCAACCCCAGGUUGCACCUGAAUCCAAGUCGCCAGCUGAAUCUAGUCAGAAAACAUCAGCAGCCAUCGCAACCAGAGCCCAUCGCAAAUCCUCUGCAGAAUCCAAGAGUUCUGUUCCAAGGCUAUCAACCUCAGAAGAAGAUUUUAUCACAGAUGAUGACGACGAAGAUUACAAUUCAGAAGAUGAUCCUGACAGAUUAUGGUGCAUUUGUCAAAAACCACAUAAUAAUAGGUUUAUGAUAUGCUGUGAUGCAUGUGAAGAGUGGUUCCAUGGAAAAUGUGUCGGAAUCACAAAAGCAAUCGGAAAACAGAUUGAACAACAAGGAGUUGAGUGGAAAUGUCCAAACUGCAAGGCGAAACUCGACCAAAACAAACCUCAGGCCACUUCAGCGGCAAUUGCCACCGGAUCCACAACUACACCUACCUCAGCCAACACUGGGUCAGCAAGUGCACCCUCUGCCAAACCUCAAGGUCAACUGAAGAGGAGUCCCAAACCUCAGGCUAGUCCCAAACCACAGACCAGCCCCAAACCUCAGGCCACUUCCAAACCUCAGACGACUCCCAAGCCAGCGGUGCAGAAACCAGAUGCCAAGGCCGAAGGCAAGCCAACUGAUGCCAAGGCUGACAAGCAGAAAGAAUCCAAAGGCCCCCGGCAAACGACGCUCAAAUUCCAUUUUGAUAAAAAUCAAUCUCAGGGUCAAUCUACUGGUGCAGUUUGCUGUAUAGUUUGCAAGAAAUCGGCACUGUCCGACAGCAUCUAUUGCAGUGAUGAAUGCAUCGUCAAACACGGAGAGGAAUCUCUGGAAUUCAUCAACAAAGAAAGGGGAGAUGUCUCUGGCAAGACGCAGAUCGAUUCGCGGGUUAUAGUUGCUGAACGAAAGACUGGCAGAUUGAUUGCUGGUCCGAAUGCACCAUUAGCAUCAAACCUCAUAAGCUGGCUCAAGAACCAUCCAACCUAUGAAAUCGUUCGUCCAAGUGUUCUACCCACCUCUAAAUUCUACCCUCAAUCAAAAUCAGCUGCAAAACCCAACCCUCCACAGCCUUCGAAAGUUGUGAAACACUCUCCAGGACCUAUGAAGCAAUCUACUUUGCUCAGCAAACCGGGCUCAAAGCAAAUAAUGAUCUCACCUAAGCCUCCUCCUCCAAAGCACUCGAAAAUUGUACUGAUUCAACCCAAACCACAGCCCGCCGUCGUGACGAAGGGUCAAACUGCUAAGAACGAAGCACAGGCUGAAAGUUCACCAUCGGUGUCUUCUAAAAAAGAGAGCUCUGAAAGUGCUGAACAUAAGAAAACUCCUGUUCCUGAGAAAAAACCAAUUCAAAAACCAAAUCAGCCUUCUGUUGCAACUCCUAAACCUGCCACGCCAGCACCCAAGCGUACUCAGCGGAGAUCUAGUAGCGGAAAGGAAGAGUUGAAAUCUUCAACGCAAAGAAGAAAAUCUGAGUCUGAGAGUAAACCUUCGAGAUCCGAUGACAGUUCAAAGCCAGAGCCGAUCAGGUUGAAUGUGAAGAAAACUCUAAAUGAGCUGUUACUUUCAAGGGUGAAAGAAGCUGGAGACAUCAAAAUUGAAGAAGAAGCUAUUCUCAAACUAGCCCAUCAAAUCGAAGAAGAACUGUUUGCUUUCUUCAAAGACACUGGAACUAAGUACAAAUCCAAGUACAGGAGUAUUGUAUUCAAUAUCAAAGACCCGAAGAACCUGACUCUUUUCCGACAAGUAGCCGAUAAGACGAUUAGUGCGCAACAGUUGGUGAGACUGUCGCCCGAAGACAUGGCCAGCCAGGAGUUGGCGCAGUGGCGCGAAAGGGAGAUGCGCCACCAGCUCGAGAUGAUCAAGAAGAACGAAUUGGAACUGCUCCACCAGGCCAAGACGGUCGUCAUGAAAACGCACAAGGGCGAACAGAUCAUCGAAGCUGACGAAUUGUUGAGCUCCAAACCUGAGGCUUCUCUUACCGAACUCGAACGUAGUCUCAAUGGUGACAAUUUGCAAUUGCUAGAUGAAUCCACAGCAUCCACCAAACAUAAAUUGGACGAAUCCAGCUCCAAAAGGGAAGAUAAAGACAGGUCCAGACACAGAAGUAUUAGUAGUGGAAGCAGCAGUCGGAAAAAGGAUAGUAAGGAUGUAAAAAGUAAGGAUAGGAAAAAAGACAAGAAGCAUAGUCGCAAGGACUCGCGUAGGAGUCGUAGCUCCAGUAGAGGACGUAAACGGCAUAGAAGUCGAAGUAACGAGCGAAGUUCCAGUAAAAGCCGGCACAGUCGCAGUAAGAGCCGGCACAGUCGCAGUAAGAGCCGGCACAGUAGAAGCAAAAGUAGACAUAGUAGAAGCAAAAGUAGACACAGUAGAAGUAAAAGUAGACACAGUAGAAGUAAAAGUAGACAUAGUCGAAGUUUGGAGAGCAAACAUGUGGAACAAGAUUAUACAAUUGAAGAGGAAAGCUUGAAAGAAGUUACUAGCUUUACUAUCAGUCCAAAGCCUGAAGAAGUGGUGGAGUCACAAUCGCCUCUUCUAGAUGAAUUUGUCGAGGAACAGCUCAUGAAUAUUGAUGAGAAUGAACUGACGUUGAACAAAGACAUAGAAAGUGAUUUGUCCGACAGAGAACCAAGCUCAACUGUAAAUAUCAAAACUCCACCCUACAUUGAAGAGAAGCCAGUGCUGUGGAGAGGUACAUUAUUAAUGAACGAUGUUGCUAAAUUUGAAACGACGAUUCUGGAAGUGUCUGGCGACUGCGAUUAUUUGCGCGAUGACUUGCCCACCAGGAUUGAAUUUGUCGGUAGGAUUCCACCGGAGACGGUCUGGGACUACAUUGCCAAAAUGAAGAAAUCUGGAACCAAGCAGAUAAUUGUAGUCAGAUUGGAACCUGAGAGAGACCACGAUAAGUUGGAGUACCUGAAUUUGUACACCUAUCUAAGUAGUAGAAACAGGAUAGGUGUGGUGGGGAAAAACUUGGAUAUGAUUAAAGACUUUUACAUCUAUCCUCUGGGAAGUAAGAGUCCGAUCCCACAAGUAUUGCUACCGCUGGAUGGGCCGGGAUUUGAGGACUCGAGGCAGCAUUUGUUGCUGGGGAUCAUUGUUCGCACGAGGAGGCACCGAAUGUCGACCGAACGCGAUAUGCCGCCCAAGGCUCAAGUGCCCAAGGUCGCCGCCCCCACAGAGCGCAGCUACACUCCGCCUCUGCCUGACGCCGGGGGAGGCAGCCUCACACCUCCACAUCCUCCGCCUACCACUUUCAACAUCCUCGAAAAUUCAUUGCCAGAAUUCGAGAAAAAUAAAAGGACUCUUCCCUCUUCUAAAACGGCUACCAUCGUAUCUCUCAGUCCAACACAAGAUGCAGAAGAUGGUGAUGUACCGUACAGUCCGGGAGGCUUAGACGAUGAUGAUGUAAAUGACGAAGACGAGCCAUACAGUCCGGGUGGUGAUGAUGAGUCUUCUAGAGAUCCACGAGAUUUACAAAAGAGAAUGGAAGAGCUGAACAGGAAGAUCGCUGAAGAAACGCAGGAAAUCCAAUCAAUGGCGCAGAGGUGCACCAUCACCGAGACCAUCCAACAAACAAUUGUAGUUGAGGAAGUAGAAGAAGACGAAGCGUACAGUCCAUCGCGUUCGUUCACGCCACCACCAGCUGCCACAACCGAGACCAUUCCAUUUUUAGAUGAAAACAUGAGUAACAUUUCACUGCCGAAAAAUCUGCAAGAAAUACUGGCCAGUAUUAAGAAGGUUGAAGAACCGACUAAGCCGAUGACGCUGAAACUAGAUCCGAUUGUGCAGGCGUACAGCGGCGAGGCAGAAGUAGAAGCGUACUCGCCGGAAGCCAGGGAGUCGGAAGAGAUUGACGACGCGCCAAGCGACGUGGCGUACACGCCGUCGGCUGUGAAUGUGGCCGAUGAGGAGCCAGUCGCUGCAGCCAAAGUGCACCGAGACCCCAGGCAGCGAGUCGAGGUCACCAGCAAGACCACCGCAAAGACAUCCCUCAGUCAGCUCACGGACGACGAUCUCAUCAAGAAAGCUGCUGAAAUGGGAUUCAUCGACCAAGACAAGCCAGAAGAACAGAAGGACAGUAUGGAGAUGGAACCUCUUCCACCCGGAAUCGAACCUGAAGAGUAUGGAGGCCAGUUUGUGGCACCACCGUACGUCGCAUACCAAACUGGGCCACCGCCAAUAAUGCCACCAAUGAUGCCACCUCCGCACAUGCCCAUGCAUGCCAACAUGCCGCCCUCUCCAAUGGCCUUCCCACCCGGCUUCUCCAACCCCCCACCUCCACUACCUGCCCUGCCACCACCCAUGCCACCACCCCCACCCACUAUCAUGGCACCCCCUCCCUUCCCCCAUCCUGCCCCUCAACCACCUCCCGCCUACAACUCGAUGAAGAAUCGCCGAGAUGAGUCGAAGAAGAGGAGAAACCACGAUGACAGUUCUAACAGCGAAUCAGCAAAGAAGAGAGGUAGAACCAGUGAGGAAGGCAAUGAUGCCUGGAAACGCGACACACCAAUGUCGUCGAGAGGACAGAGAUACCAGGCAACAGGGGGCAACAGAGGCUUCCACCAGAGGACCAGAGGCGGUGGCAAUGGAGGCAAGUGGACCAACUACAGGGAUUACCAACAGAGAAACUUCUCCAACCCCCCUCCACCAUCGCCUGAAAACAUCCAGGAAGAAUGGGAUAAAGAAAUUAGAAAUUUCGAACAGCAGAGGGAACAGCAAAGGCAGAAGUUCAAGUCUGGCGGAAAGCGAUGGUCGAAAGGAAAUAGGAAACGAAAAUAUCCAUCGGAAGACGCGUAAAAAUUGUUAUGAAAUUGCUUUUUCUACUAUACUUUCAAUUGACUCACGUAAGAGCGAGUAAAGUAGCACAUCUUCCUCGUAAAUGAGCUUUCGUGGUAAGGAAUUCUCUCCUCAUACGUUUAUACAUUGCACCAUUGCUUAUUUCUGAUUCGGAUUGUAAAUAUUUUCAAAUUUCAA